CAGUGAGUUGGGGACCACGGGUCUGCCAUGAAACGAGGGAAAUAAAACUUUACUCUGUGAAAUAGUCCGCCCUCGGGGAGAUGCGGAAACAUAUUUAUUCGUGCCUAAUCGUGUCGCAAUAGUAAAAGACGGGCAAGGAAUCACACGGAACGGCAAACGCUCUUAAAUCAACAGUUAUGAAAAUGUAUGAGGAAAAACUUCAAUGAGGCCGCGCUGAGAACGCACUCCAAGUCUAUCGUUAGUGAAUCUGUUUGCAUCGCGAUUGACUUGGAAGGAAAUUUGAAUUUCGAGAUAGCACGGCUAGGCCUUGAUGUUAAUUUGAUUAUCGUUAGGGCAAGGCUAGCUUCCGGACGAGCGGUCUCCUGCACGGGACCGUCCGUGAACGGCAGUCGCAUCACCGCCAUGGCUGUGACGGGGUCGCUGUGUCUUUCCUGGUUGGUGUUUCUCAGUAUAGCGUCACAGACACAAGGUCAAGGCUGUUCCAAGGCGUUUCUGGACAAGGUACAGGUGUGCCAUGCCGAGGUGGACGGCAUGCCACUUCUCCUUCACGACACCCUGCUGGCAGUGGACAGCUUUGAAAAGAUCACAGCUCACUGUAGACGCAACGCAAGUGCCUUCGUCAGGCAGUGCUUCACGCAACUGUACGAAUGCCCGGAGCAUGUAGCGACCAGGGAGCGGUGUGAUCUGGCGUCUCUGUACCCGGAGAUACUGGCACAGAGAAUGGACCUCACGUGUCGAUUCCUGGAUACUAUCAAGAGAGAGCUGGCUUGUGUAAACGAAAAGACCUGCGCAGUGAAGAAUUGCCUAGCAACAAUCCCCCAACAAUCUGACGUCAUCUCAUUUGCUAUACUGAGCCCACCGCGGAAAGGAAGUAGUUGCGACUGGCUCGAUAAGGUCAAAGUAUGUUACGAGACACACUUGCGAAGAGGAUGCUCGGCUACCAUAACGAGCUACAUGACAGCCAUGUUGGACACCCACAAGCCGCCAUCUUGCUCGCCCCAACAAUACACACCAAUGUCCUUGACAUUGUCAAGUACGGCAAUUAAAGCGAACUCAAAAUGUGUCUUAUCAACAGUGGUGGUAUUAUAUGGUUUACUUUCGCAUUCAAGGACGUAAUUAAUUUCUUUGUACGACCAUCUUGCCUUCUCAGUGGUACUCAGUGUUCUCGUGUCUUUCGUAAGGUCUUUAUUACAUGUCACGCCGGUUUGUAUGUUCAUCAUUGUGAGAUAAAUACCGUUAUAACAGAUGGAAAAAAUCAAUUGCAGACCCUAUUGAAAUGUACGUGGGAUUGAAUUCUAAUCCGAGCUUUUCUUACCUCACCAUCUAUUGCAAAAAAUCGCCAGGUACAUGUAGGCGUUAUUGGUACCCUAUACUUCAGCCUAUCGGGAUAACAAUAACUGGUAAAUGCCUUUUUGGAUUUGACAUUGGUUUAUCGAGCUUCUUUUAAACAACCAAUUGACAAAAAUAAUGUUUAUUACAAACCAUUCCAUAUAUCCAAACGUUAUUUCCAAGAUACAAAUACAAUUUAUACAUAUUUUUGAUAUAUUAAGUCGUCAUUCAGUCUCUCCAUCUCUGCGAAAUUCAAAGCAACUCAAAGCAAUCCAGAGACAUCCAAAGCAAUUUUCAUCCAGGACAACUUGGAAAUGGAGUUCAUCGUCUCUGACAUUUUGGUAUUUGCAGCCAUUCCCCAAAUGGAAAGUUGACAUGAAUGUUCAUUACAUGUUCCUUCAAUUUUUGUUAACUUUGCUUGUUAUUUUUCAUGCCGUCUUACACAGUUAUAUAAUUCCUAAUGCACGCAUGGGUGUGUGGGGGUGAAAGCAUGACAUGCAAAUGGACGCCAGGUUCAACGCUUAGAGUACAGAAAUAAUUGGUUUAUAUGUAAAUGAAUGCUUUUCUUGUCGUGUACAUGUAUGUCUUUAACGGCCUAUGGAAUGUAUUUCGACGGAAACUCGAAACUUGUAGUUCUCUGGUGUUGACGUUGUAUUUUGUGUUACAUACUUGCUAAAUGGAUUUGAGGUGUUUAAAGUUUGAGUUUUUUUGUUGUUAUGUUGGCUGGUUUGUGGAAUGGGGUGUGAGGCAUGCUCAAAAUGCUUAGUGUAUGUAUCAGAAAGCAGUUAGUCUCAUUUGAAAGCCAGGUCGCAAUGCUGAGCUCUACUGUGACUGUGAAUUUUCAAGUGAAUGACACUUGAGAAAAAUGAAUUGAUAAAUUUGAUACAUGUCCUAUCAAUUCUUCCUGGUGUUAUCGCUGAUUUUCAUUCAAUAAAUUUCACCGCUAUUUUGCCUAAAUGUGUCGGAUAACCGAGACAGGUAAACGUAUAUUUAUUUUCCCGACAAAUAUUUGAUUUGAUAACAAGUUAACUUGGAAACAUAAUUACACAUCUCCUUGUUUAUUCAUAUCAACAAAUUCUCCAUCAGUAAAUAUUGUUACAAUCUGUGAAGAUCCGGGGUAGAAUAGGUCUUCAGCAACCCAUGCUUGCUGUAAAAGGCGACUAUACUUGUCGUAAGCGGCGACUAACGGUAUCGGGUGGUCAGACUAACUGACUUGGUUGAUGC